AUGGAUGAAAAUGUUGCAAAUCGUGUUAGCAAAUCUCCAGUACUUCCCGUGGCUUCUUAUUGCAUAGCAUCUAUUUUGAUGACCAUGACAAACAAAUAUGUCUUGUCUAGCCCCGGAUACAAUAUGAACUUUUUGAUGUUGACCGUACAAUCCCUUAUCUGUGUCCUCACAAUUAGAGUAUUAAAGAACCUCAAAGUAAUUAGCUACCGCGACUUUGAUUUGCGUGAGGCAAAGUUUUGGUUUCCCAUCUCAUUUAUGCUUGUUGCAAUGAUUUACACUUCGUCAAAAGCUUUGCAAUAUUUAUCUGUCCCAGUCUAUACUAUCUUCAAAAACUUGACUAUCAUUGUCAUUGCCUACGGUGAAGUGCUUUGGUUUGGAGGUCAUGUUUCUGCCCUCACAUUGUUUUCCUUUGGCUUAAUGGUCCUUUCCUCUAUCGUCGCCGCUUGGGCCGAUAUUCAAUCCCCCGGUUCUUCUGAAUACACUGCCUUGAACUCUGGUUACUUGUGGAUGUUUAUGAAUUGUAUCACCAAUGCGGCUUUUGUCCUCACUAUGCGUAAGCGCAUCAAGCUCACAAACUUCCGUGACUUUGACACCAUGUUCUACAACAACCUUCUUAGUAUUCCAAUUCUUGUUAUUUGUACUCUCUUUACGGAAGACUGGAGUGCUGCAAACAUCGCUCAAAACUUUCCCCCUGGGGCAAAAUUCAACGUUAUUAUAGCUAUGCUUAUCAGCGGUGCCUCCUCUGUCGGUAUCUCUUAUACUUCUGCUUGGUGUGUUCGUGUCACUUCCUCCACUACUUAUAGUAUGGUUGGUGCUCUCAAUAAGCUACCUUUGGCCAUCGCUGGUUUAGUGUUCUUUGACGCUGCUGUUACUUUUGGCUCUGUCAGUGCUAUCUUUUUGGGAUUCAUUUCUGGUAUUAUCUAUGCCGUUGCCAAGGCUCAACAACAACGUAAAAAGGAAAGCGCUACUGUACUUCCCAUGACCAACAAUCCCGUCAGUGCCAGUUCCCAAAGCAUCCGUGACAGUAUGAGCAAAUCUUAA